AAUCGUUCAUGCUUUGAAUGGAAACACAUCUUUUUAUUUGAACUCUCUGUGCACAUUAUGUGCACACAAAAGUAUCCAUGGAUUUUCAAUUUUGCUCAUUUUAAAACGAACGGAAUGAACCCAAAAUGAGGGAAUUUGGGCAAAGAGAAGGGGUUGGUUGCAAUGUUUAGAGUAUUUUAACCUAAGCCGGGUAUCACUCCCGCCAUUUUUGCUUAAAGAGAGUACAGGUCGGAGGAUGAGCCGCCUGAACGGUAAACACCUGAAAACGGAAGGUCACAUGGAUUGGUGGGAAGGUGUUGAUGAAACCCGUAUUCUUAUUGCGCCAGGUCCUUCUAAGGUCGGGGAUGAUCCAGGGAAACUUUUAUCUCUUCGGCAUCCUAAAUCUGGAGAUGCAACAUGCUACCUCUUUGUUAACAGAACUCUUCAAGAAGUUCAUUGGUUCAAGCAAUCUUUUGGCUCUUGGUUCCUUGGUGAUUAUGUGUGUGAAGAUGGGAGCCUGUAUACUGCUACUCCUAUAGAUCCUGUCUUUGUUUUGUUGCCCCUUUUUGAAGAAGCACGGAUGACGAAGCAGGCAAAUAAAGAUGAUCCGGGAAUGUUUAGGCAGUUGGAUGAAAUUAUUUAUGUCAGUGAUUAUCCGGGGUAUCAGUAUCUUUCAUCCAUUGCUGAGAAAUCGAUGCAAGUAGUUUGUGAUUUUAAAGAAAUGGGAUCAAUGAAGUUUUAUAGGCUUAACAACGAAAAGGUUUUAAAAUGGAUGUGUUUUAAGGUAGAAGAACUAAGGAAGACCUUGGUGACUUUGGAUAAGAACUUUGCUGCUAGGGAUAAGAAAGAUACAUUGAUUGAUACAGUUUCAAUUGUUGGAGAAUACUUGAAGGAAGAACCUUGGUUAAAGCUCCUUUGCUGUAAAUUAAGGAUAGACCUGAACAAGGAAACAAAAGCAUUGGGUGCUGAAAGCAUUUCAUCAUCCAUAGGAAAUCUUUUUGACCAGGGAAGGAAUGGAAAUGAUGGUAAACCCACUGAAACAAGACGACAAGCCAAUAAGAAGGCCAAACUGGAGACAAACUCCCAUAAUAUCAAGGACAUGUUUAGUAGGGCUACAAGGAAAAAAAAGUGAACUGGACAAGCCAACCAAAGAGAUUGAAGAAAGCAUUCUUGAGCGGGAGUUCAAGAAUAUAUUAAAGCCUUGAAACAAAGUUUCCCUGUUUAAAUGGAAUAUUGCAUCACCCGCUAUUUCUGCAAACCGCUCCGUACAAGAAAACAUUAUUUCACAUGAGUUAAUUAAUGUAUUACUAGUCCAAACUGGCAUCGAUUGAUUGGGCUAAGCCACCAGUGUAUUGUGCUUGCAGUGAGUAGUGAAUAAUUUUGUUACUUUUGUAAUGGUUUUGCUCAAAACCAUUUUGUGUCCAAAUCUAGAGGACAAAUAGGUUGAGACUAAGGCUUGAAUGUUAUUGUAAGCUUUAUGAAGCUGUGUUUGAACAAUGUACAUAAAAUUUUGCAGGGUUCAAUGGUCAUAAAUUUUAG